AUGAGAAAGACAGAAAAGUAUUGGCGUAAGGACGAGAUAGAUGGCUACAGAUCCAUGUCGGGUCCUCGAGAGGUUGUACCGGGAGCCAAUCCAGCGGCCGGAUAUAAUACUCAUGAAUUCGAGCGAGAGGAAGGCUUAACGUGGAGUCGGCAAGGUGAGCAUCGAGAAGGUAGAUAUUUGAUAAUUUGCAAGCCGGUCUGCCACGUUGGAAGCCUUCCUUGGCACAAAAUUGAUACCAACAUGGUCGGUGACGAGGCGGUACACAGCGGAGGUCGCGUUCCGGAGACCCCAGCUGCUUGGAGCGUGCAGACCCAGCAACUCUGCUCCACUGGUUCGAGGAUACCGAGAUCAAGGGUCUUCGCUUGUGCAAAGAACCCUUCACACAGCUGCAACCGCCAGGAUCUCCGGGUCUGGUCCAGGAUCCAGAGGGAGAGAGAGAAAGGGGAGCAAGGAGGCUUAACGUGGGGUAGCGGUGGAACGCAGCAGCAUGCCAGAGUCGGCCGGGAUGGAGGGAGGGAGCGCGACAGCACAGGCAGAAAGAAGUCCAGACCCGAAGUCGACGACAACGCGAAGCCUGGCCAAGUUCUCCUGGUCAAGGCAAGGCAGGCAGGCAACGCAAGGCAGGGCAGGGCAGGGCAGGGCAGGGCAGGGCAGGGCAAGGCUCCAGAGAUUCGCGGAGGGGUCCAGUGCUGCCGUGCAGCCGGCGAAAGGAGGGAGGGCAAUGCCGGAUUCGCACCCGAUCUCUCCUCAAAACCCCAAGAGCACUCACUGUACGCCAUCUGCUCUGAGUCCGCUGGUACCGGGGACAUCCACGUGCAAAGCACUUUCUCGGCGUCUUUCCCGCAGAUUCGCAGUAUUGUCCACUCAGCUACACCCACCAGCACCCACCAGCACCCGAAUCCCAGCCCUCAACCCCCCGGUACUCCCACCUUUGCAGGCUAA